AUGAAUGAAGAAGAAAAGAAGAAAAAGAGUUAUGAUGAAAUUCUGUUAAAUCUAUGUUUAACAAAGGAUGAUAAAAUUGAGGCUGUCUUAAACAAACUUGUUCCUCUUUUGAUGGAUGAGAUAUUUCUUUGUGAAGUAAGUUUGAGAAAUAAGGUGAUUGAAAUUAUUAGUAAUUGUAUUUUAAGAUGUAAAUCCAUUGAAGGUAUAAAACUUCCUGUUUCCAAUAUGAUAGAAGGAUAUUUUAGAAAUAUUAAUAUAAAUAAUAGUAGUCGUAUAUUGUAUAAUAGUACAUUGAUGAUAUUAUUAGAUAUUUGUUUUAUAAAUAUAUGUGAUGAUGAGAAAAUAAAAUAUCAAGAAUUAAUAAUUGAGAAUAGUGAUAAGUUAUGUGUAAAUAAAGAAAUGUGCAUAUUUUUGAUAAUAAAAUUUAUUGAAAGUUUAGAGAUAUUAAAUAAUGGAAGGAAUAAGAAAAUAAUGUGUGAUUAUUUAUAUAAUGAUUAUUCAUAUGAUAUGAAUUAUAAAAUAAUGAAUUUUGUGAAAUAUAUAAAUGAGUUUUUAUUAAUUCCUAUAUAUUGUAAAAAUUUUUAUGCUAUAACAUUUGUUGAUAGAAAUAUAAUUAAAAUUUAUAAAGAGAAAUUUCUUAAUAAAAAAGGUUAUAGUAUUAGGAAUCAUAUAAAAAUGAAAAAGAAUACAUUAUAUUUUUUGAAUACAUUUAUAAAUAAUUCUAAUUUAACAUAUAGUUCUUAUAUUAUUUGUUCAAAUGAAAAAUAUGAUGAAAUAAAAGAUUAUGCAUUAUCAUUACUUAAGAGUAAAAGAACAUUUAUUAAUUAUAAUGAUUCAUUUUUUAUUGAUUUAAUUUUUUCUAUAUUCUUAUAUUUUGAUAAUAAUAUAUAUGAUAUAAAUUAUAUUACAACACUUUUGUUAUUAUUUAAGAAUGGUUCUAGAUUAUUAUGUAGUGAGAAGAGAUAUUUGAAUUUAAUAUUAAUGUACAUAUUAUAUUUCCUUUUUUUUUAUGAUAAUGAAAAUAUUAAUAUGAAUUUCAAAAAAGAAUUUAGUACAUUUGAAAAAUUAUUUAAUGAUAAAUCACAAUUCGAAGAUUAUAUAUCGAAAAAUGUAUAUUCUGCUAUAAAAUUAGAAGAUGAAGAAUUGAUCAAAAACAUAUUUGAUAUUCUCAUAACUAUAUUAGAUAAUAUUACUAAGUAUGAAUAUAUUGAGCAGUAUAAUGAUUAUAUCUUUCUUUUUAUAUUUAUGUAUUUGAGAAAUUUAAACGAAAAAUAUAAUAAGGAGAAUAAGGAUAAUAUGAAUAAUUCAUAUAUAAACAACAGCAAUAGUGACAAUAGUGACAAUAGUGACAAUAAUGAUAAUAUCACAAUCAAUAAUAGUUCCCUUUGUAUGAAUAAUGUACAUUCCAAUAUAUAUACUUGUAGCAGUCAAUUAUCAUCUUUAAUAGAAAAAAUUUUUGAAAUCAAUAUUAAAUAUGAUAAUAUAAAUACAAUAGUUUUAAACAAUUCUUUUAUUUUAACUUAUAUUUUUUUUGAUAAGUUAAGGAAAUAUAAAAAAGGUGAUAAAGAUUCUUAUAUUUUAUAUAAUAAUGUAAAAAAAGUUUUAGACAUAUUGGAAAAGUACUAUAAGCAUAUCUUAAAAUUAAAUAUGAACAAAUUAUACAUUGUAUAUAAGAAAGUAGAAACUAUAAAUGAAUUACACAAUAUGAUGGAAUAUUUAAUAUUAAGUGAAAUAAGUGAUAAAAAAGAAAAAAAAUUAAAUAAUAAUAUGAACCAAAAUAUAUAUAAUACAAUAUAUAUAUGUUCUAUGAAUAAUUGGAAAAAUAUACUUAUUGAAAAUAUUAUUAAUAUAUUAGAUUCAUUCAUAUAUUAUUCACAAAAUAAUAUACUUAUUAGCACUGUAUUAAAAUGGUGUGUUAAUAUAUUUUCGGUUGAUAAUAAUUCUUCUAUAAGUUGUGCUUUUAUAUAUUACUUAUUAUUAUAUGAAAAUAGUAGUGAUACCAUUUUGUCAGAUUUAUCAAAAGAUUAUUUAAAUUUACAUAAGGAUAUAAAACUAUCUUUUGAUGAAUAUAUUUAUUUUGUUUCAACAAGAUUAUUUAAUAUGAGGAAUAAAGAUGCAAUCUAUUUUUUAAUAGAGAAGGAUCAAUAUGAUGAAGGAAAUAAAAAGGAAAUUAUAAAUUCAAUUGAAAAAGUGAGUGAAACACAUAAUAAUAAUAAUAGUAAUAUAAUAUGUAUAAAUAGUAUAAAUAAUAUAAUAAAUAGUAUAAAUAAUAAGUAUGAUAAGUAUCAUAAUAUUGAUGAAUUUGUGGGUUAUAAUAUUAUAAAUUAUAAUGUAGAUAUAUUAAAAGAAAAUAUUCCUAUAAACGACAUGAAAUCAUUAAUUGAAUAUUCCAAUAAUAAUUAUAGUCAUUUUAAUUUGCUUCAUUUAUAUAAUUUAAUAAAAUAUAUUAAGAAUUUAAAAUUAGACAAAUUCUCUCAUAUAGAAAGUAUUUAUUUUACAUUUUUAAUUAUGGACUUAUAUUUGUUGAAUAUAAUUAAGCUUGAAAAAUAUUUGGAUGAUGAUAAAUAUAUGAUAACCUAUUGUAUUAUUUUUAAUCUUUUAAUAAAAAAGAUAAAGAAAUUUUUUAGAAAUAAUGAAAAAAAUAAAGAUAACAAAAUGGAAUAUUCUUGUACGAAUAUUUCUUUGUUGGAUAGCCAAGUAUGUAUAUUAUAUCAUAAUUUAUACAUUUUAAUGAAAGCAAGAUUUAAUUUAAUUAUACAAAAUUUAUUAUACAUCGAAAAUGUAAAUGAAAGAAAAAAUAAAAUUAAAUCUGAAAAUGGUGAUAGUAAUCGUAAUAGUAGUAAUUAUAAUAGUUUGAGGUUGUUAAAAUAUAUCGGCAAAUUUUUAACGAAAGUAUAUAUAUUAACAAACUUGAAAAAUGAUGAAUUAUUUGCUGAUCUUUUAAAUUUCCUACAUAGCACAAAUUUCCAAGAAAUACACAAUAUGGAUAACCAGUUUAUUAUAAAAAUAUGUUUUAAUUUAUUAUAUUUUGGUACAAUUAUAAAAAAGGAAAAAAAAUUUGAUGAAAAAUAUUAUGGCAUAUUAGAAAAAGUAACAAAAUAUAUUAUAUAUAUAUAUGAUACUUAUAUUAAAGAAAAUAUUCCUUUUGAGAAUAAUCUUUUAAAAUAUUGUAUUAAAUUUUUGUACCUCUCCUUUUUUUCGGAAACAUUUUUAUUUAAGUGGAAUAAUGUAAUGAAAAAAUUGAUAGAUUCCGAAAUAAGAGACAUUAAUAUUGAGAAUGAGUGUGCAUAUUCUUAUAUUGUAUUUAUAUUUAUUUCGAUAGAAAAAUAUAUAAAAUAUUCUAUGAAUAUAAAGGAUAUAAAUAAUAAGUAUGUUUGUAAUAUAGGUUUGUUAAAAAAUGUUUUAAAAUUAUUAAGUUGUUUUAUAACACUGAAAGAUGAUAAAAUUAAUAAUAUGUUGAAGGAAAAUAUCAAAGAUUGUAUUAUGUAUUAUGAUAUGUUACCCAUUCAUAAAAUAUAUGGUCUUUAUAUAUCUCACUGUUUUUUAAAACUAGAUCAUAUGAGUGUUAAUAAGUUAUGUUAUGAUUGGUUAGACUAUAUAUUAUUAUCUGAUAAUUUAGUAGAGGAUUUAUCUAAAAAUAAUAAGGUUGAAUUAGGAGAAAAGUAUAAAUGUUUAUGUAUAAUUAUGUUUUAUAUUAUAUAUUAUAAUCCAUUUUUAGAUUUUAUUCAUGAGCAUGCUUUUAAAAUUAGAGAUCUAUUCAUAUAUUAUGUAAAAUUAAAAAGUGAUAUAUAUUCAGAAUAUUCCUUUCUAGGUUUAAGUGUUUUGUUCUUUUCAUUAUCUAUACAACAUCAUAUGAAUAUAAAUAAUAUAUACAUGGAUCAUGGAAAUAUGGACUAUUUGGAUUCUUUAAAACAUGAUUUCCUUUUAUUAAAUGAGAAGAAAAAUAUUGAAAGUAAAAUGUUCGAAAAUAAAAAAGGGUUUAAUAUAAUAAAUAAUGUUGUAGAUACGAAUAAUAUGGAAUAUAUAAAUUUAAUUGACAGAUUUAGUAUGGAUAAUUUUUGUAUGUCUAAUUUAAUUAAAAAAAAGAAAAAAGUUGAUGAAAAAAAAAAUAUGAAUUUUACAAUUAUGGAAAAUGAUACUUCUUAUUUUAUUAAUGAAUUAUCUUGUUUUCAUAAGGAUAGAAUUAAAGAUAAUAUUUGUCAUGAUAAGAUGGCAUGUAAUAAUUUAUAUAAUAUGAAAAACAAAAGAGUAACAUAUGAUACUCUGCAGAAUUUUGUCGAAGGAAUUUUGAAUUCAUUUAAAGAUUGUAAUAUUGAUAUAUCAUUUUAUAAGAAUUUUUUAAAAAAUAAUAAGGAAAAAGACUUUGAUGAGAAUUUUAUAUAUGAAAUAAAAAAAUUCGAGACCAGAAAAGAUCAUAUUUUGAAAAAUAUAUAUGAAUAUAUUAACAAUGAAAGAAACAUGCAUUUAAUUAAUCAAUAUGUAAAUCUUAGCAAAUAUUGUCAUAAUUAUAUAUAUUUAUUUUUAUUUAUGCAGUAUUCUGAAUUAUUGAUAUAUAAAAAUUAUAAGAAAAUGAAGUAUUUUUUUUUAACCAAAUUGGACAAUAUAACUAAUAUGGAUAAUAAUGUAAGAAAUCCUAUGAAUAAUAUAAAUAUUAUUGAUUAUAAGCAUCAUGUGGUUUGUGAAGAAAUAUUUGAAUCAAUAUAUGAAAAAUUAAAAAAGAAUAUGGAUUUGCAUAUGCAUAUGGACAAUAUAAAUAAUUUAAAAGUAUGUAAUAAUAACAUAAAUUUUGAUAACUAUAUAUAUAAUGUAACUGAUUGGAAAAAGGUGAAUAAAAAAAUUCAUGAUAUUAUAAAAUAUAUGUACAAGAAGGUUUUCAUAUAUGAUAUAAUGAUUGAGAAAAAUGAUAUGAUUAAAUUUAAAUUUUUUGAAUAUAUAUGUUUAAAAGAUGUGAGUAAAACUAUGAUAAGAAUGAGAACCGAUUUUUUUAAAAUGAAAAAUGAAUUUGAUGAUUCUAUAUAUGGAAUAAAUUUAUUGAUUAAAGAAUUAGGAAAUUUCUAUUUAAUUAAUAAUGAAAUAAUUAAUGAAUCCAUUUUGUUAUUUUUAAAUGAAUUUCUUAAAAAGAUCAAUAUAAAGGAAAUAUUUUGUAUAAUUAUUGAUUAUUUUUUAUGUUUUAUAUGUAGAAUCAUUGAUACACAUAUGAUGAAUCUAAAGAUGUGUAUAUCUUUUUUGAAUACGUUUAAGAGUGUGUGUAUGAAGUUUUGUUCGAAUGUGCUAAAUGAAAAGGAGAAUAAUGAGGCUGAUACUAAAAGGGUAAUGGUUUUUGAAAAAUAUAAUAUGUUAACAACUUAUAAUAAUAAUAAUAUAAAUAAUUUAAGUAGUAUAAAUAAUUUAAGUAAUAUAAAUAAUUUAAGUAAUAUAAAUAAUUUAAGUAAUAUAAAUAAUUUAAGUAAUAUAAAUCAUUUAAGUAAUUAUAUAAAUAAAUGUAACACUAACAAUAAAAAUAUGAUGUGUAAUAAUAGCUGUUGUAAUGCUAAAGGUAUUGAUGAAAGAUGCAUUUGUUCCAUAUUACUAGGAUGGUAUGAAAAAAUUGAAGGUAAUAAAAAAUUAGAGUUAUUUAUAACAGAUUGUAUAAAUAGCUGUAUUUUAUCAUCUGAUAAUUCUUUUUGCGAAUUAAGAAAUAUACAAGAUUUAUUAUUUUUUUAUAUAAAGAAUAGUGAAAAAAUUGAAAUUGAUUAUAAUGAUUUAAAAAUUGAAGAAAAUAAGAAGGAUGAAGUUACAAUAGAAUAUAAAGAAAAAGAAAUAUAUUUUUCUAAUAUGCUUAGAUAUAAUAAUUUGGAAAAACAGAAGAAUUCUAUUGAAAAAUUAGUAUCACAUUAUAAAAAUGUAUUAAAUAUUGAAGAGGAUAUAAGAAAUAUAUUAAAUAAUAUAUUGAAAAAAGGUUCAAUUAUGAAUAGUAAAUAUAUAUUAAUCACUUUAUGUUUUAUUAUUAUGAAAUUAAUAGAUAAAUAUGAAACAUUGUCUGGUGAUAUAUAUAUGAAUGUUCAUAUAUGUAUUAUAUCUUUUGAGUUAUUAUCUACAUUUAUAUCAAAAAAUAUUAAUGGAAAUUAUUUAAUAUAUAUGAAUGAAUUAUUAUAUUAUUUAAUACACAAAGUUCCAUUUUAUUAUUACACCAAAUUUGUAUACUUUCAUUUAUUAAAAGAUUAUUUUGAUAUAAAUUUAAAUUUUAAGGAUAUUCAAAAUGUACGAAAUUAUUCAAGUUCUGUAGUUUUAUAUUUAUUAAAAAAACAUUACCUUCUUGAUAUACAUGAAAAACAUAUUUUUCGCGACAACAAAUCUGUUGAAAAUAUUAUAAUGUAUGAACAAAUAAUAUUAUUGAAAAAUGUAAAUGAAAAAAUAAAAGAUCUAUUACAAAAAAAAGAAUAUAAUUUAAAUGAAUUUCUUAUAUAUAUAAAAGGAAAAAACGUUCUGCAAGAUGAACUAUCACAUAAUAAUAAUAAUAAUAAUAAUAAUAAUAAUAAUAUUGAUAAAAAUUAUAAAUAUAUAUGUGAUUCAUUUUUAAAUAUAUGUGAUAAAUUAGACAAGGUACAAUUAUUAGACUGUAACUUUAUUCUUGAUAUGAAAAGGAGAAGAGAAGGUCUUGAAGAUGAUGAAAAUUAUUUAUAUAUUGAAAAUUUUAUUUUAAAAAGAAUGAAAGACAAAAUAUAUGAAAAUAAACAUUAUAUUAAUAUAAUGAAGGGUGCAAAUGUUGAAGUAUUUGUAACAAGCAUGAUAAAUUUUAUGAAUAUAAAAAUUAAAAAUAUUUUAAAUAUGGAAAUAGAAAAGAAGAAAUUAUUUAAUGAAGAAAAUAAAUUAUUCUUAAAAAGUUUGGAAUCAAAAAUGCUUGUAAGAAGUUUUAUUUUAAGAAAUAUACAAAAGAAUGAUAAUAAUAAUUAUCAUAAAGAUAUAUAUGAUAACUUACAAAAAAGAAAUAUGUUUCAUUUUUAUAAAUUUUUUAAUGAUUAUGUUGAAGAAUUUCUUCAUUUUCUUGAUUCCAAAUUUUUAAAGGAUAAAAAGGGUUGUUUCAUGUCAAUUUAUGUAUUUAUACAAUCAUUUGUUGAUAUAUAUAAAGAAGAUAAUUAUGAUGAAUUGGAUACUGAAAAUAUAAAGAAUGUUAUAAAUUUAUAUAGAAAAAUGAAGAAAGUGAUGGAUGAAAAGGAAUAUGUGCAAUCUUUUGAUAAUUAUUAUAUUCUUUUGUCAUUAUUAAAAUGUAUAAAUUUAUUAUUAUUAUUAAUAUAUAACAGUGCUAAGAAGAAUAAUAAAAUAAAUGAUCAUAAUAAUAAUAAUAAUAACAAAAUGGAUUAUUCUACGAAAUCAUGUGAUUCGUCCAUUUGUCCACAUUAUAUUCACACUUUUGAAAAUAAUAACCUUUCCUUUAAUAUGAAUGAAAUUUAUAAAACAUUUGAAGGGUUAUUAUGUAUUUUUGUUAAAGUUAAAGAAUAUGAAAUAUUUCAACAUAUGUAUAUUUUUUUAUUUAAUAUUCCAUCCUUUUUUAUAAAAAAUUUUAAUUUUGCAAACUUAUAUGAAUGUAUUGUUCAAUUAAUGGAUGCCUAUUUUAGAAAAAAGGAUAUACAUUCAGAUGAAAUAAUUAUUUAUGAUAAUAAUUUUUUAUUUCAUUUUUCCAAACUUGCAUUAUGUGUUUUUUGUUAUUUCUUAAUAAAAAAGGACAGGAAUAAGUGGUUACAUUUUUACAACUUUGAAUAUUUAAAUAAGUAUAUCAAAAUGGAAAGGCUGAAUGAUUAUACAUUUUGUUUAGAUAACGCUCAAAAGGAAAACUAUUCGAAUAGAAAUAAUGUUAAAGCUUAUCAUUACAUUUAUUUACUUACAUAUAUUAAAAGAAAUGAGUGUAAAAUGGAGAUUGAUAUAUCAUUAAGUAAUAUUAAAGAAAAUAUAGUAAAGAAUGAGAUACAAAAAAAUAAUGAUAUAAAAAUAUUGAAUGAAUAUGAAGAACAUAUAUAUGAUAAUAAUAUUCUAGAAGUUAAUAGAGAUAGUUAUUUAAAUAUACAAGAGAACUUUUUCAAAUAUUUAACUAAAUUAUUGUUCAUCUUAUUUGAAUAUUGUAAAGAAAAUAAUACUAAAGAUAAUAUUAACCUUAACAUUUACAAUAAUAUUAGUAAUAGUAAUAAUAACAAUAAUAUGAUUAUCAAUAGUAAUAAUAACAUUUUAGGGCUAAUAAAAACAUUUUUUUAUUUUAUGUUUUAUAAUAAGAUAUAUUUAUUUGAGAUAGGUAAUAUAGACAUAUGGGAGAAGAUAUAUAACUACAUUUAUUUAUUAAUUAUAAAAUGUAGAAGUAGAAAGGUUUUUGACACUUUAAUGGAUAUACUGAAUAUAUUGUUAUGUAUAUAUAAUUCAUAUAGUUAUGAGAAUGAAAAUGAUCGGAAUAUUUAUACGAAUAUAAAAAUAAAAGAGCUUACUAAAUUUAGGGAUAAUAAAGAAAACAAAGAAAAUAAUGAAUAUGAUUAUAUUUUUUACAAUGAUGAUAAUGAAGAUAAUUAUAUGACAGGUACAAUUAAUUUUCUUUUUAUUGUAUUUUUAAAAUUUUCUGAAAAGUCUAAAUUAUUUGUUUUCCCAGAUUAUAUUAUGAAGAAUUUAAAAUAUGCCAUUUUGUUGAAUUAUCCACAUUUCUUAUUAUAA